AUACAGCCGCAGCCGAUGAGGCUUCACUGACAGUGGGCCACGGGCGCGUCUCCUUCCUUCUCCCCAAGCCCCGGACGCCAACAGACAGGGCCAUCGGAGUGCUCUGUUCCCCCAAAUCCGAAUCCACAACACAAUCCGUACAUGUAGAUCCCUUCUUCCUGUCAAUCCGUCCACCUGCGUGCCUCUUCCUAUCCCGCGCGUGCUCUGGCGAAGCUGUAGCCCCCUAUCUCGGCGGGCGGCGGAAAUGGCGAACCCCCUAGCCGGGCUGCAGGACCACCUCAAGCACGCGCGCGACUACGCGCUCGAGGGCCUCUACGACACCUCCAUCAUCUUCUUCGACGGCGCCAUCGCACAGAUCAACAAGCAUCUAGCUAGUUUGGAUGACAACUUCAACCGUACAAAAUGGAUGAACUGUAAGAGAGCUAUAAGUGAAGAGGUAGAGAUUGUGAGGCAGCUUGAUGCCCAAUUGAAGUCAUUUAAAGAAGCCCCUGGGACAAUGCGGUCCUCGUCACCUCCUAUUCGCUCUAAUAAUAAAUCAUUUCUGUUCCAACCAUUGGACGAGUACCCAACAUCAUCGCCAACAACCUUUGACGACCCUGAUGUGUGGGCACCUCCAAGAGAUACAAAUACACCAAACCGAAGGUCAGCAAGAGGCCAAUCUAGUGCAAGAAAAUCCUCCCAAGAUGGAGCUUGGGCACGGGGUCCAUCAAAGACUGGAACACCUAGCCGUGGUGCAAAACCCAGCGGAAGUAAAGCAAGCCCUGCGGUAAGAUCAUCAACUGCUUCAAGCACUGGCGGGAGAAAAGGAAAAUCAAGUUCAAGCAAGGCUGAUUCAGCGAGCAGCGAUGCUGAAGAAGGUAAGUCCAAGAAGGCACAGUAUGAAGGACCGGAUGGGGACUUAGCUGCCAUGCUUGAAAGAGAUGUUCUAGAUUCUACCCCAGGAGUGAGAUGGGAUGAUGUUGCAGGACUUAGUGAGGCCAAAAGACUCCUCGAGGAAGCAGUUGUGCUUCCUCUCUGGAUGCCUGAAUAUUUUCAGGGUAUUCGUCGACCUUGGAAAGGGGUUCUUAUGUUUGGCCCACCAGGUACCGGGAAGACCCUUUUAGCUAAGGCAGUAGCUACAGAAUGUGGAACAACAUUCUUUAAUGUUUCUUCUGCAACAUUGGCUUCGAAAUGGCGGGGGGAGAGUGAGCGCAUGGUCCGUUGUUUAUUUGAACUUGCAAGGGCCUACGCUCCAAGUACAAUCUUCAUUGAUGAAAUAGACUCCCUAUGCACAUCUCGUGGAGCUUCUGGUGAGCAUGAAUCAUCGAGGAGGGUAAAGUCUGAACUUCUAGUGCAAAUAGAUGGUGUUAACAAUAGCUCUACCAACGAGGAUGGUCAGCCAAAAAUUGUUAUGGUUCUGGCAGCUACCAACUUCCCAUGGGAUAUUGAUGAAGCACUCAGGCGGAGGCUGGAAAAGCGUAUCUAUAUUCCACUUCCAAGUUUUGAAAGCAGAAAGUCACUCAUCAGCAUAAAUCUUAGAACGGUUGAGGUAGCUACUGAUGUUAACAUCGACGAAGUUGCACGAAGGACAGAAGGGUAUAGUGGGGAUGACCUGACAAAUGUUUGCCGUGAUGCUUCGAUGAAUGGUAUGAGGCGAAAGAUCGCAGGCAAGACCCGUGACGAGAUCAAGAACAUGUCAAAGGAUGACAUCUCAAAGGACCCGGUGGCCAUGUGCGACUUUGAAGAAGCUUUGGUCAAGGUCCAGAAGAGUGUGUCACCCUCUGACAUCGAACGCCACGAGAAGUGGAUGGCCGAGUUCGGAUCUGCUUGAAACCUUGGUUCCCGUUCAAAGCUUGCUGGAUUUUAUCCACGCUUGUUUGUUUGUGUUUUAUUCCUGGCAUUUGCCACUUGCUGUGUGUUGUUUCAACGGCGGCCGUAUGUAUGUAUGUUCAACUAGGUUUGCUGAGACGGUAGUUUAUUACAAGAGGCAGACGGUAAACUCGGAAGCGUUUUUUUCUUUAAGAACGGAAGCGAAUUAUUACUCCUUGAGUGUUUGUGCUUCAGUGGUACUGUGGAAUUGAAAUUCUUUGUGUUAAUUGUCGAAA